UUGAGUGGUUGUUCAAGCGCUACCACCUUCUCAAUAAACGCAAAAGAUUAAAAGGAAAAAAAACAUAAAAACUAAAUCAAUAAUAAAGCAGGAGGGUCUCUCAGGUCAAGGUGAUGGCGUCGAAACGGAUCCUGAAGGAGCUGAAGGACCUCCAGAAAGAUCCUCCUACUUCAUGCAGCGCUGGGCCAGUUGCAGAAGACAUGUUCCACUGGCAGGCGACAAUAAUGGGUCCUGCUGACAGUCCAUAUGCAGGUGGAGUGUUCCUUGUCACUAUACAUUUUCCUCCAGACUAUCCUUUUAAACCACCCAAGGUUGCAUUCAGGACAAAGGUGUUUCACCCUAAUAUCAACAGCAAUGGUAGCAUUUGCCUUGACAUUUUGAAAGAACAGUGGAGCCCUGCCCUGACCAUAUCCAAGGUAUUGCUUUCAAUCUGUUCACUGUUGACAGACCCCAACCCUGAUGACCCUUUGGUUCCGGAGAUUGCCCAUAUGUACAAGACUGACAAGAACAAGUACGAGACCACCGCAAGGAGCUGGACUCAGAAGUAUGCUAUGGGUUAGUGUGAGCUGCUAGGACUGUGAGAGGAGGGCUUUCUGUCCCUGUGGCAUUGAUCUGGUGAUCAGAUGUAUGAAUGGUGUGAUCUGUUCCUCACAUAAGUGGACCAAUAGGGAGAGUAUUCUGCCCUCGGAACGCAAUUGCUUUGAAUUGUUAAUUUGUUAUGCAAUAUUUAUAUAUAAGACAUUGAAACCCA